CUGAGCCACCGCCGCCACAUCAAAGGCACUUCCGCUUCAUCUCUCAGUUGAUACACGUCGCUCGGCGCGAUGCUGUUUAGUUGUCCACAAGUCAUGCAAUAAGUCGGUCUGGGCAUUUGACAGCUAUCAACGAUCUUCAUUUACGAGAAAAAGAAAUCACCGCCACAAUGGGAAGCAAGAAAAGGAAUGCACAGAAAGGCAAUGAAAAAUUGACUGGACAGCCUAAUGGGCAUCAGAAGACUACUAGUAGUCCCAAAGCUUCAAGAGGAACUGAUGCAUCUCCAAAAACAUCCAAAGGCAGAGCCAGUAAAGCAUCAGCAAACAAAGCUGAUAGGAAACGUCCUGUACAGUCAUCAUCAUCAUCAUCAUCACUGUUCUCUAGAACCUCCAUUCUAAUCUUGACUUUGAGUGUUAUGGCAGCAGGUGUUGCAGUGGUUUACUCUAGCAAUGAUGCAAGAUCAGCAGUUGGUGAUAUUUUCAUUCAGUAUAUCAAUCCUCAAGUACUGAAGGUUGCUGAGUUUCUGUCCCUGGACACUUCUGGAUAUGUUAAAUGGGUGGAGGAUACACUGAUCAUCAGCACAGUAAAUCUAGAAACUCCACAUUCAUUGAGUACAGAGCCACCUUCACAACCAGGUGAAAAUGAAGACUAUGAUGCAGAAGCCUCUGAGCAAGAGGAAACUGCAACAGAAAAAGAGGCAGCUGCAUCUUUUGAUGAUAAGUCAGAGGAAGAAUCAAAGGCAGUUAGAGAGCAAGAAGGCCAUCAAGAACAUCAGGAGCCAUUAGAAAGCAAGGCGUCAGUGGAAGAAAUUGUAGUGCCUCCUAAAAGUGCAGAUUUACCUCUGAAGGAGGAGGACACUGAAGAGAGAAUACAGAAGCCUGAAGUAGAGGAAGUCAGGGUAAAGACCACCCCAAAAGUAAAUGUUGACAGACCACAGAGUAUUGAUGGACAUGAAGAGACAAAAACUGAGACUCAGAAAAUUGAAAUUAGGGAGCAUGAUGCAAUAGAUAGCAAGAAGUCAGUAGUAGAAGAGCAGCCACCCAUUUCUCAGCCAGUAAUAUUUGAUGAAGAAGAUGGCAUGAUAAACGGAGCUAGAGAAUUGGAAGUGUUGCCUGAACCACAGGAACAGGUAAUACCAAAAGUGGAGCAGGAAAAAGAGAGUUCAGUACCCACCCAAGCACAAAAGAAAUCAGAACCAUCACAAGAACAAGAGAGAUUGGAACUACUACAAGAACAUGACAGAUCAGCACCAGCAAAAGAGCAGAAGAGAUCAUUACCAGCACAGGAACAAGAGAGAUCACAACCAGUACAGGAACCAGAAAGACCAGAACCCCCACAGAAACAAGAACUGUCACAAGAACAAACGAGAUCAGAACCAGCACGGGAACAAGAGACUUCACCACCAGCUCAGGGAACACAAGUGGAUUUAGGAAGCACGAACAAGCCAGAGUCACCACAAAGAAGGGUAGAGGAGUCAGAAACAGAAAACAAAGUCCAACAAAAAGAAGAAGCUCCAGAGAGAGUAAAUGCUCAAGUCCCACCUCCACAUGGAGAGGACUCAAGAGAAACCGAGAAGUCCAAGAAGAAAAAAGAUUUAGCCCAAUCCAGGAAAGAAUAUGCCAAAUCUUCUGUCACCAGUGAUGCUGAUUUCAAAAUCCACAAGAAGCUGGACAAAGCUGAUGAAUUGUUAGCAAAUAAUAAGCUUGACGAAGCCCUGGCGGCAUAUGAUGAAAUUUUGCACAAGCACAACUCCAGUCCACGAGCACUUCUUGGAAAAGCAGACACUUUGGACAAAAUGGCUGAACAGAAACGUAGUAAUGAGUUACUGGAGCAGAGCAUCAUGGUGUAUGAUCAUCUUGUAUCAUCUAGAACAGAAGUCACAAUACCAGCAGAACUGUUAAAACAAGCAGGCCGCCGACUAGCCAGUCGACAGCAGUUCCGCGGUUGGGGAAGUAAAUCUAUGCAAACCAUGAAAAUGUUGGUUGACAUAUUUCCUGAUGAUAUUGUGCUUCACCAUGAACUGGGCGUGAGCUUCCUGAUGAUUGGCAAAAACAGUGAAGCCAAGCAAGUCUUUGAACAGAUUCUGCAGACUCAUCCAAAUGAUGGCUUUGCUAAAGUUCAUCUGGGGUUCAUCAUUAAGUCUUAUGAGAACAAUCCUGCAGUUGGUGUUGAAUACCUUCAACAGGGUAUUGAAACAAAUGAGCCAGGUACCCAAGAUGGGCGCUUUUAUUUUCAUCUAGGAGAUGGAUUGCAAAGGCUGGGACGUAAUAAUGAGGCCCGGAAGAUCUAUCUUAAAGGGGCUGAGAUAGGUGUGUUUUUGUCAGCAGACCAGCGCUCCCUUUACAAUGUAAACAACCUGACUGGCAGGCCCUGGUGGACUCCAGAACAGACAGGCUACCAGAGACAACUGAAGCUUCUACAGGACAAUUGGAAAAUAAUUCGUGAUGAGGGAUUACAACAACUUGAUGAUAAAACUGGUUCCUUUCGUCCUGAGGAUGAGAAUCUGCGGGAGACUGGAGAAUGGAAGCAGUUGACCAUGUUCCAGCAAGGACGCAUGAACAGAAAGGUCUGUGAGAGAGUUCCAAAAACAUGUGCCCUCAUUGAACAGAUAGAUGACGCCAAAAACUGUCGACGAGGACAGGUAAAGUUUUCCGUAAUGAAUCCUGGUGUACAUGUCUGGCCUCAUUGUGGGCCAACCAACUGCCGUAUACGGGCUCAUCUUGGUCUUGUGGUGCCAGAGGGACCAAAGAUACGAGUUGUUAAUGAAACUAGGACAUGGAAAGAAGGCGAGUUUAUCAUUUUUGAUGACUCAUUUGAGCAUGAAGUUUGGCAUGAUGGCAGCUCCUUGAGACUAGUACUAAUUGUCGACUUCUGGCACCCUGAGUUGACUGAAGCUCAAAGACGUCAACUGUCUCCAAUAUAGGUCUGUGUUUGCUGUUUUUUUUAAUCAUUCUUAUUGUUCUUAAAUUGAAAAAGAACUUUGGUUUUUACCUCUUUUCUUCAGUUAUCAAGAUCAACAGUGAACAGUGAGACUGUGUUGGAAUUUAUGACCUUAAUGACUUUCUACAAUUCAUAUCUUGCGAUUAUUUAUCAGCAUGACACUUUUUUAAAGACUUUUUCAACAUAUAUUCAACCUACAAAUAAGUUUCUAUUAUAUGGUCUUUAGCUGUGCUCAGAAAGGACAGAGUUUCUAAUUCUCUAAAUUUGUGACAACUGAAACUUUGCUUUUUGAAUACAGAGCAGACAAAACUGAAAUAAAGGAGUGAUAUUUUUGUCAGUCUUUUGGAGCGAAAAAUAGAAUGAACUAUUGUCAUAAUUAUGCAAACUCUUUAGCACCCAUCUUAAGAAGUGAUAACCAGGUUUAAGAGAAACACUAAGAGAGCGUGUAUACAAAUGUACUUCAAGUCUAGAUGUAUCCAGUACUUGGUUGAUGAUUGUUAAUAUACGAGUGCCUCAUCUGUGUCAUCUCUUUAUCAUAAUGUCAUGUUAAGAAUUAUCUUGAUUGAGAGGGAAACUGAGAGAAACAGAUGUUAUGUAUCAAUAAUAGCGUACCUCAGAUUUAUAGCUUGAAUUAAUCUAAUUUACUUUAUUAUUGAUACAAUCUUACCUUCUCCGAGCUUACACUGUAUGUGCAUUAGUCACACUUAUAAAUGUGGACCAAGUAUGCAGGUGCCAGUGUGUUUGUGGUUAAGUGCAUAUUAUAAAACCCCUAAUGAAUGAAAGGUGAAAACUAACCCGUCUUUACUAGGUCUCAACUAGAUAGGGUGUAGGAUCUAUUAAAUGUUGAAUAAUCAGGAGUAUAGCAAUUAUAUGCAGUUUAAAGCAGACUUUGCUUUUUUUUUUUUUUAAACUAGGAUCUUUAGAAUAAGCAGCAUACAUGUAUUUUUACUGACAUUUUUUGGAAGGAAACUAGUUCUGCAUAUUGAUGCAGAAAAGCAACACUAAUGAAUUAUCUGUGUAACCUGUGUGCUAUUCUUGUAUGCACAUUUGUGAAUUUGUGAUAUGGAUCACCAAGUAUGCAAAGUGCUUAUUCCAAUCAUUACAAAUGAAUUGUGUGUUUGGUCACAGUUUCUUACCAUAAUAAUGACUGAACGUAUUGGUUAUGAUUGCUGUGUACAAAGUAGAGAUAGCAUCAGUAUCAUUUCUUCGUGAGUAUUUUGUAACCUCAGACUUGCUACCGUACCUCAUUUCGGUUUCCUGAUGCUAAGAUGACCAUUUGGAAUAUAAUUAAAUUUGCGUGCCAUUCUUACUCAUCUACCAAAAACUGUGGCUGUUUGAUAUAUGUGUCCAGUUGUGAUUGUAUUUGUCUUGCUCAGUCAUUCUAGUGAAAUGCAAUGCCGCCAGUCUUCUAACUGGUUGUGACCUGUUCUUCAAAUGUGAAUAAUUUCAUCCAUUAUCCAGGUUUUCCUCUAUCUUAUUUUGUUUCCUUUGUUAAUUUUUAUAUUCCUCCUAUUCUAAGUUUUAUAUUUCUCCCAUUAAGCCCUAAGUUGCAUUGCAACUAAAAAAUUGCCAGUAUUGUUUUUUUAAUCAAGGUGAGAUAUCCAUUAGAAAGAACAAGGCAGUGUUAUUAUUGUUUAUCUUCUAGUCCCAAGUGCAAAUGCCCAGCCUUUGCAAAAGAUAAGAAAUUAUUAUUCAGUAACCCAUCAUCCAGAGAAUCCAUGAUGCUCCAUUGAUUAAAAAACCAAGGGUUUCUCACAUUUUCUGGAACUGUCAUGCUGCUUUGCCUAUUCCAUAGCCAGCUUUAUCAUACUUUUGUCAUUCCCAUCAAGAUCAGAUAUGUGUAAUGUCUCCUCAGUAUUGUCAUCACACAAUCAAUCUCACCAGUUUUACGCUGAGCAUUGGAAUUUAAGAGUUCAUAAGAAACAACUUAAAAGGUAAAAUAUUUCUUUGAAUAGAAUCUCAGCAUAGCACAAUUUGUGGAAUAUUACAAGUCAGAUCAUUGGAAUCAGGCUGGCAAAGGGUAUGUCUAAAUAUAUAGCUCAGAAGUGUGGACUGAAAAAAUAUUUUAAAUGAUAGUAGACUUUUAGCAGGGUAAACAUACUAAUGAUUAACGGAAGCAGUAAAUUAGUACUACGAACUAUAACUAUAGUCAGUGUUUUCUUAAUUCAUAGGCAUUCAAUAAUUCAAAGAGAUUGUUAAAGAACAUGCCUCACAAGAUUAUUAAUGUAUUGUGAGCAAACAUUGAAUAUUCAUUCCCAGCAAUUUAAAUGAUCUAAAGCAGUGUAUGUAUAUGGCUUGGAACUGUUGGUAUGCUUGUUUACAAAUCAUGUUUACAAAUUAUGUUUGCCAUUUUAUGCGAUCAGUCACAAAAUGCAUGUUAAUAAAUUUUAACUGUUUUUUGCUUUUGUAUCAUGGUAAUUAAAAGCUUGGGUUGUAAAAUAAUGCUUUUUACUGUUGCAAACUGUUGUUUGGGUGCAUUGCUACUUAGAUUACAGUGAUAAUUUUUUUUUUUUUUUGUUCUUUUUUUAUUCUCACAAGUAUAACAAACCGGAUUUUUUUUUUACCUCAUGAAAUAUGCUGUAAUUGUUUUUGUUUGCACUACCUACAUGAUCAUGCACCCACACAUCAUUGUACACACAUGGGUGUGCCUUUUUGCUUGUGGAAGUGUAUGUGCUAACAAAACUUGUUUAUGAGACAGUGUUAGUCACUAACAUUGCUUGUAUAACAAAGCCAUUUGUUUUUACAUGACAUUUUUUUGAUAAAUUUCUUUAUUACAAACCUUAUUGACAGCAGCAUAAUAAAUCAUGAAAAGUUAUUUCUAAAAUCCUUUUGCCAUUUUUUUUAAUAGUUGAAAUUUUAAGAUAGUAAGCUAUAAUUAUUUACUUCUUUUGAUAUUAUUGAUUGGCAUGUAUACAAUACAUAUUGAAAUAGUACUCUUUUACCGGUGGAUGUGGAUUAUACAAAUAGUGAAAUCGAACUCUUAAUUAUGAAUCAUAUGUUUAUGAAUUAGUGCUUAUUUUCACCAUAAACAGUAGCAUAGCAUUGGUACAUCCACUUCUUGGAGUCAAAAUGAGUAGUGUCCUAAGAGUGGGUCCAUUUGGGAAAUGCUGUAGUGUUAUAUGUAUUAACAAGUAAUUAAUGACUUUGUUUACAGGUAGUUAGUGCUUACAUAGAAUUGAUAUGUUCAUUGUUUUGUCCAGCAUAUUUAUCCUUCAUUCUGUCUUGUUGCUAAUUUUGAUUAUGGUAACAGCUAAUGUAUAAUUUUGGACUUCACCUGGAGGAAGUCUGCAAAAUGUACCCUCUGCUUUUUAUCUCCAGCCCUUUGUGUAACAAAAUCAGACCUUGCUUUUUAAAACUGCUAUUAAGUCAGCUGCUAAGGGUUUGGCAGAAUUAAUUCCCUAUCGUGUAAACAAUUUCUGCUGUAUAUUAUAUAUGUUUCAAGAUUUUCAGCUUGAAAUUGCCUGCAUCUAUGAUAGUCUGAAGGCGAGUGUGACUAAUAGCAGUUAGUUUUACUACAUUUUACUAACCAAAAGGGCAGAUUUUAAAAUUUAUUUGACAUUUUUUUGUUUUGUUUUGGUGCUUAUGGUUCAUAAGUCUUUUUUCUUUAGGCGCAUAUUCUUUUUAACUUUGUUAUUUAAUUAUUUUCUUUCUUCUCUUUUGGGUAAAAAGAAUUGAAAUUGGUGGGUUUGUUUCAGCUUGAAGGUUUUGCUGUAAAUGCAAUAUCCCUAGAAAGAAAGCUCAAUGUUACAUGACAACAAACAUGCAGGUCUUAGUUUUUUUUAAAUUGAUGUUGAAUGCUAUGUUAUUCAGAUGUGAAAUCAAGACAUAAACAUGCAGUAGUGGUUUUUAAAUGUGCAUAUAUGAUAUUUUGCAUAAAAUACUAUGAAUACAUUAUAAGAUGGAUGCUAUAUCCCAAUGUCUAGCUGGUAUGGUGUAGUGUGGACUAUUAAUCUACCCCUGUGAAAUUCUCCAAACAUUUGAAAAAGAAAUGGGUAAUUAAGUCAGAAUGGUUAGUGACUACUCGUAUGCAAUUGUAUGAGUCAUCUUAAUUGUAAUUUACUAAAACUUGUUCUUUUCUGAUUAAAGCAGCCUUAAAACCCUGUAAGCAAGGUUUUACUUGCAAAAGAAUUGGAUCAAUGUGAAAAUAUAUUUGUGCUACUUUUAUCCACAACUUGCUAGCAGUAUGCAUGAUUUUGUGCCAGAUGUCAUGAUUGUGCUUAGAUCAACAACAACUGGUUGAGUCAUCUGAAACAGCUGCCUUUGCCAUGUGCACCAUGUUUUUGCAAUGAGGAGAACAUAAAACCCAUAAAAAUGGAGAAAGAGAAUGGUUUGGGGUUGUUUUUUUUUCUGUAUUGUUAUGAUGGGUGAUUUUAAUAUCAUAGACUAGAUUAUGAGUCCCGGUUUUCAUUUUUAAAAAACACGUGGGAAAGCCAGCUUGGAUUUGAUAGGUUAUUUUCAGUCCAUGAGUCUGUGUUAUGCGUUAUGUCAUCAAUAGUCUUUGGCAUUUUUUAAUGAUGGUGGUUAGCCUGCUGUAAGAGGUGUGGGAAAUUUGUCUACGAAUAUGAUCACAACACUUGUCACCUUAUUGUACAGGACAUGCAAAGUAUGUUUGGUAAUUGCUUAGUUCCUGUCACUUGCUCCUUUUAGUACAGAUGACAGAUGCCAUCUAGUGUUUGAAAGGGUAACUCACAUGAUAUAACUAUAAAAAAGGUUAUUGUGGAGACUUAUGUGCCAAAUCCAUAGAAUUGUCAUGAAUGUUAGAAAGUAACCAGGGUCUUGCUGUGAUUAUGUACUGUAGACCCAGGGUUUUGGAUUUUUUUAUGCCACAUGACAAAAGAUAGGUUGUAUAUACGCUGUUUGCAAAUGCAUUGUUAAAUAGUGAAUGUGUGAAAUUAAUGGAAGUAUUCAAAAAAAGGCUUACUUACAUUAUUUCCAUUUAUAGACAUACAAUAAAUAUUUAGCACUGUUAUAUCGGUUAAGAGAGAUAUAAUUAUGAACACUUAAAUAAAUGCACCUUAAAUAAUAGGUGCAGUACCAGUUAAUGCAGCAAAUGAUUUUUUAAAAUGAGAAAUGCUAAGAAAUAUUUUGGUUUAAUUUUUUUUUUAAUGAAUGUUUUGCAUAUGUUUAACAGGUCAGCAUUUCAAAGACUUUAUUUGCAACACAUUUAAGCAGUUAAGAAUAUAAUCAGAUUUUGUAAGCAGUUCUGCAUUAGCCAGUGUUUUCUCUGUAAUGCCAUGCUUGUAGUUGGCUCUUCACAAUUUCACUUUUUAAAAUAAUUUCUUAUAAUUUAUUGUACUUCUGAAAUAAGCAGUCAUCAGAGCACUUACAAACAAAUUUGAAAAAGAACUCUUGAUGAUGAACGCAUGAUGAUGCUUUAGUUCUGAUGCAUGGAUAGUCAAGAGCUAUAUAUUGUGCUUUUAAAUUUCACCCACUAUCUUCGUGCAAGGGUGCUAUUGGAUGAGAAAUGACAAUAGCCAAAGUUUGAGAUCUCAUCAGAUUUGAAGCAUUGACCAUAAAGUAAUUAAGAGGAACCAGUCAGGGCAACACAUUAGACUUCCUAUUUUCUUCCUUACAAACACACAGUCACCAUCUGCUUAUUGUACUAUGCAGAUUUUUCAUGCAUAGUUUUCUUUUAAAUUCACUGUAAUCUGUUCCUGUGUUGGGCUGAUGGGGGUAAAAAUAGAAUAAGUUUGUAUAUUAAGCUAUUAAUCAGUGCACAGAUUGACAUAUAAUGGUGCUUCAUAGAAUAUGGAUAUGUCUGCAAAUGCCUGCUCUUAAUCAAAUCUUUUCUUACUAACAGUAUCGCCUAGAACAUAAGCCAGGACACUCUCUUCAGAGAGGAUCCAAACUUGUUAAAAUUCUUUCAGUAUUUUUCUAUGCCGUGAUAUUUGUAUUAUUUUUGAAUAUGUAUCACAUUCUUGUUUUUAUGAUACAGUGUGCCAUUAUAGAUAAUAUGAAGUUUUUUUUACAGGGGGGAGACCUUUGUUUUUCUGUUGAAUGUCUUAGGUGCAGCUCUUUCUUGAUCAAAUGCAGUGUCAGUAGAAUGAAAUGGCAAAACGGAUUUUAAUUCACACUUUGUCCGUCCUGACAAAAAAAUCUUGAUAAUUGCAAUAAAGUGUGUCUGUGGUCACUAUG